CCGAACCGACGGUCCCGGGACCGUCAUCCCCAGAAACGGGGCAGGCGGGUAGGAUGGCUGGGAGUGGAAGUCCUUCUCUUCCCUAAUUUCCACCAUGGCCGCCCGACCGAGGCUUCUCCACCUGAGCUCCUCCUUCUUCUUCUUCACCUGCAAGCGUGGCGCCCGCUCCAUUUUCUUCCCUUCCCUGCUCCUCCCCUCUUCUCCUUCCCGCCGCCGCCUCCUCUUCUCCUUCCCUAUCGCACCAUCCCUCGCCCCCGGACACCCUCUUCCAGGGCCCCGAUUCCGUUCCUCCCCCUCCGCGGAGUCCAUCACCGUCGACGGUGCCCCCGUAAGCUUCGACGAUUCUUCUUCCGCUUCCUCCCACCACUGGCCCGAAUGGGAGCGGUUCCUCGGCAAGUUGAGGGGAAAAGGUUACUUCGAGGUGUCCACUUCGGCGGCUCCCUCAGGAGAUGUGGAGGAUGAGGGCUCGAGUGUCUCGGCGGGGCACGGUGGCUGGUCCGUGGAGGUGAACCAUGUCAAGAACGCAUGCCUCAAGUUUGCUCGCGGGCGGUUCAACAUCUUCAGAUAUUCGGGCUGUUGUGGAGUGUGGAUGCCCUAAUGUGUUCCGCAAAGCUGUCAAUUCAGCAAAAAGAUUGAGAGCAUUUCUCCAGGUUGAUGAACGAGACGUCUGUAGUACCUGCAACCUAAGAGAAUCUUGCGGCAAAGCAUACAUGACACCAUAUGAUGAUCGAGGCCAUACCUUGGAUGUAGUUCGUAUUUUAUUGAGCUAUGCAGUAAAUCCAAAGCAUCUUUGUGGAGAGGAAAUUUCUUGUAUCAAAGAACAUGUUCAAAAGUCUGCUAGACAUCUAUUAUUGGAGCUUGUUUAGCUUAGUGAUACAGCCAUUGAUCCAUCUGUUCCAAAACCUGCAGUGAAGCCUUUUAUUCCAAAAGAACCAUCUCAAAAGGCCACUGGUAAGGGCGACAGGGCAGCUAAUGUGGAGAUGAAGAGAGGUUAUUGGUUGUGUCCAAAAGUGCAAUGAAGAUGGGACCAAAGAGAGUAAAUGUAGGUGCUGCUGCUGAAAUGUUGUUGGGAGACUGGACUUGUCCACAGUGUGUUUGUGAACUUUGCUCGCAAUAGCAAGUGCUUUUGCUGCCAGGAACCACAACCAAAGAGAGUUAAAUCCCGGAGAGUGGGAGUGCCCCUCAUGCUAUUACUCGAACUUCAGGAAAAACAAGGCGUUCAAGAAGUGCAACUGUGACCGCCCUGACGAUCAGAGCAAUUUGUUUGAUGACCAUUCAUGGAGAUCUGGAAAGGUCCACCAAGAACAACACUUUAAAGUUUGGAGAUACCGAUGAUAAUAACGAUGAAAUUGAUGACAAUGAUGAUGACAUAUUGCCUCUAUCGAAAGGGCAACUCCGUCUGAGAGGAAGACUAACCUCUGCUAGAAACUGAAGUAAUGAAUUCAUAUCAUCUUUUUGGUUAUGUUCUCCCAAAUUAUCGUAAAGAGUAUAGUCUGUUCGACAAUUUCCUUUCCUUUCUGCCUAUAACUAUUUUGAGUAUCAAGUAUGGUUUGGCGCUUGGAAGUGUUUUUGACAUCCUUCUCAAGUCGAAUAGCUCUCCCCCAUAUUCCACUGUAAAUCUGGACACCGGAUGACGGCUUGGCAGAUGUAUUUCUAUUUGUAUAAACAAACUGUCAUGACAAUGAUACAGAUAACUGUGUCUGAUCAAAGACGGUUGUAGGAAAAGCCUGAUCCAACUUUUUCAUAUAUAUCGGUCGGCAAAGAUGGUUUAUGCCUUUUGUUCCACGCAAUGAAACUGUGGUGAAGCUUCAAGAAUACAGGGCUCAAUCUGAUCAACCCUAUCCAGUAUCGGUUAAUGGCUGAGGUAAUUCUUUCUUCUCCAUCUUUUCUUAGUACAUGCUACAAUUUAUGUUUUGUUUUGUUCGAGAAUGACUGCUUAUUUUAUCUUGGAAAAGCGUUCAGGGGGAACACCUCAGGAAUUUUUCGUGGAGAAAGGAGGUGGAAUGCUUCCCUGAGUGCACAUAACAUGUUCGACAAAACAGCGAAUUCCAUAGGGGCCACACAAUUUGUCGUCGGAGCUCACCGAGGAGGAUGAUGAAAAGUAUCAAGUAUUAUUAUUAUAGGAAGCAAUUCUGAUAACGCUGCUGGCAGAAGCCAUGCAGAAGCUUAUCAACUACUACUAACAAUCUGCUGAUUUAUUUAUUCGAUGACCUUGUUAUUCUCAUACUUCAUUCAUGUUGCUCUCCGUCCUUCAUGCAGAUUGUGAUCCAAUAGCGAUGCUACGCUGCGGUGACCGCGAUCUUCAUGCCGGACUGGCAGUGGCCGGCGAAGCUGCAGAUGAAGUAGUUGGUGCCUCGGGCCAGCGUGAUGCGGUCCUUCCCGGAAGUGUAGACCCUGGAGCCCCUGGGAGCCGAGCAGCUAUUGUAGCCGGCCGCGCUCACCGCCACCACGUUGUGAACCGACGGGUUGUAGUUGAACACUGCCGCAGAUCGGUCAGUACCAUUAGUAAUAAUGCAAAAAUAAGCAUGCAUGCAGCAGGGCAGCCAUCACUUACCGAGCACAUCGCCGGCCCUGAAGCUCUUCCCCCUGGGCCAGCCGGCGACGUUGAAGGUCCAUCCGCUGUUGCCGCCGACGACGUAGGUGGCGGCCUCGGCCACCUCACUGUGGAUGAGGAGACACAGCAGGGCCAGCCCCAGAGACACGACACUGCCCCUUCCCUGAGCCAUCACAACGCCCCGCUCAGAAGCCAAGACCGACUCUUCCGAGCAAGUGCAGUGGAGGUGAAGAUCUCGUUUGUGAAGCUCCGAGGAGGGGGGGAGGCUUUUUAUAGGCGUCGGAGUGAGGGUGGGGGAGGAAUGGGCCCCGCCCGGGUUGAUCGAAGGCUGGCAACUAUCCAUUACAAGGCCAAAGAUUUGGACCGGGGAGGAGUCGUCGCUUGGAAAGCAGUCGACAGCAGACGAUGUCAAGAGUUUGGCAUAUUUCCAUGAAUGCUUCAAUUCUUGGGUGGGUCGGCGAUACUACGGAGGAGGGUAUCGUCUAUGGGGUCUUAUCACUUGGAAAACAACGCUCCCUCGCCGGGAAAUAUGGAAGCUAGCGGAUGAGAUACUUCUGGUGUCACGUGGCAUAAUCAUAGGCCAAUCCUGAACCUGGUCAUCGUGAUGCAGUUCCGCCGUACAAGACAUCACACGUGCGCUGGGGAGGACGUUUCGUUCCUAUUCAUGUCACAGAACAAUAGCCUCGCCACCCUCAUUUUGCGUCGACAAAACACACGAGCAGAAAAGCAGAGUACAAAGUUUGCACGCCUACAAAGACUCGAUUCACAGUGUCUCAGAUAGUGGAAAGAAGAGCGAAAGGAAGAUGAUUUCUGUUAUUUGGGCAUUGUCAUUGAAGCUCCUUCCUCGCACGUUCAGCCGUCCUACUCGAAAAGUCCUCUUCGGGUCCUCACGGAGAUGGCUUUCUUUCCUGCACAACUCACAACCGCUGUGAGACUCUAAACUUAUCUUCAGGAGUUGAAAGGAAGGACCCAAGUAAGCUUCCGGAUGCUCGUCAGGUGAGCCACCUCCUAAGGAUGCAUGGAGCCGCCCCCCCUCUUCUUCGUUCGUAUCAUCUUCUUCCUCGCUCGAAUCUGAGCUCCAAGAAGAAUUGUCGACGCUGGCUGCUGCCUUGGGCUCCUCCACCUCCUCAAAUCUGCUUUGGCCACCGGAUUCAGUGUCGGGAUCAGAGCCUCUUCCUUGGGACUCCGAUCGGCAGAGCUCCACCGCGGCCCUUGCAGCUGCCGCAGCAAAGGCUGCUGCUUCGAAGGCAUCCUUCGCUGCACUGGCCACAUCUUCAUACUUAUUAGGCAUGGCAUGUAUGACUGCGAAGCACGAUGAAUUCGGAUGUAUUGGUAUACAUACGUACCCCUGCAUCCUCAGUACAAGGAUCAUAGUAAUCAAGAUUGAUGCCCGUCUCGGCAGCGAUCUCCUUCGUCACCCGCUGUCGGAUUUCCAGGCUUGGCUGCCUGCUCGACAGCUUCUGAAUCAUCUGCAGGAGAUGAUCGCUCUCAUUACAGAACAUGGAAGACGACAACACUGCUCCAAACCAAAGCAUUACUGUAUACCUUGGGAUUGACACGGCAAUUGUUCCUCAGCUCCACCGCCGCCGACACGAGUUCCUUGCCAUACCUGGAGGAGAAGAUGCCUCGGGCCUUAUCCAGCUCCGGCAAUUCUGCGCAUCUCGAUGCCGCAAAGCUCAGACUCGAGAUCGCCUCCCGCAGCUCCUCCGGGCACUCCCUGCAUCGAACUCGAUGGCUCGGGGUAACAAGAACAGGAGCAGCUGCUGCACUAAAGUAAUUAAGGAGACCAGAGAUGAGAGCAGUCACUUGUGAUCCAAGAGCACAAAUCUCUCGAUCAGCAGUUGGCAAUAGUGCUCCGACAUAACGAACACGUCCACCAUGUUCUGCUCCUUGAUUACAUGCUCCACCUGCAACGGCGUCAGUGGUCGCUCGCACGCAUACAAGGAAGCAACCAGCACUGGUGCGGUGCCUUGGAGGAGUCGGUACGUACGCGGAGGAGGGCAUGGUCGACGUGGCCGAGCUGGAGGAGCUGGGCGACGUCGGUGCGCGCCUGGUUGCACCGGACCUGACGGCGGUUGCGGAGGACGGCCAGGCGGGAGACGGUGAGGCCCAGCAGGGUCUUCAGCUUCGACAUCUGCCUCGACUUCCUUCCUAGUAGAGCGUCCAGCUUCCUUCCCAUCUCUGCUUCCUUCCUCCCUCACCACAGUCGGAUCAAGCCUUCCUGUGUGCUACAAGUGCACAGAUAUGAAGCUGAGAUGAGCAAAGGGUGAUUGCUUGAAGACCAAGGAUGGAUUCGACGAUGAUGAUCGAGAAGGGUUUAGGUGAGGGGAUCAAAAGUGAUCCCUUUCAAUGGGUUGGCGAGGUAUGGAGUGUGUUAUCAUCUUGGACCCCAACUCCUGCUGCAAUCGCCCUGCGUUGCCUUGUGUAGCAGCCAACUUAGGGAUACGUUUAAUUGGUUUAAGCUUCGAGUUUAUGCA